GCGGCUGUGUCGCGUCGGCCGGCCUGGGUGCGCGUUCGUCCAUCCAUCCAUCCAUCCACGGGUCUGUGAAUCAGAGGGUGUCCUCUCCGCGGAACUCCCUGUCCGACAGGUACCAGAAGGCCCAUGCCACGAGGACGUAUGCCGAGAUGAGCAUAGAGCCCUUCAGCCAGUUCGCCUUGCCGUCGUGCAGCACCACCGACACAAUCAUGGUCGACAUGACCAGCAGAACCAAUUGGAACACCUCAAAGUCGAGAUCCAUCGGCACGUUGAGCAAAGAACCUGACCACCAACGCACACGUACUCACAGACAUGGCAAGAAGAUAUUGUGUGUGCUAUCGAUAUGUGUGUACCUGUGAAGACGGUCACGGGGACGACAAAGAGGGCCACUUGGGUCGCCGAGCCCACAGCGACAGAGAGGGCUAAGUCUGAUUGGUAUGUGCACAUACACACAGGACACCGCAUCCACAAUGCCGUGGUGAGACCUCCAUCCAUUGCAAUCGGCAUGUGCUUACCGAGUUUGUCUCUGGCUGCGAUUGAGACUGCCGUCAUCUGCUCGGCAGCAUUACCCAGAAAGGGCAGGAGAAUCGUGCCUGGCGCACACACACACACACAGACAGACAGACAGAGAGACAGGUGGUGUCUUGCCGAACGACAUAUCAUGUUCCGCGUGAGAUUCGUUAGCUCACCGAUGAAUGCCUGCCGUAUGCCGUGCCUCUUGGUGACUUCCUGCAUCGUCGCUACCACACAGUCGCAAUGAAACGUCAGCUGAGAGAAAUACCAACAGACAGACAGACAGACACCAUGACCCAAUCGCAAUGAGGCCUCCUCUCUCUGUUGCGAGUACCAUGAUAGUCGACGCAGCGAGGAGGCAGAUGCCCUCCACCAUGGAGAGCUCCGUCCCCUUGAUGCCUCUCACUGCCAACCCACCGUCCUCACUCAGCUGGACGUCGUCGCGGUCAUGCUGCAGCAGAAACAGGUGCUUGUGGGUCUUCAACUGGAACACCAGAAACUGGAUGUACAUCAGGGUCAGCAGCAGCGCCGUCACAUACGAAAUGCUCAAACGGUCUUUCUCGGUGCUCUCGCGAUCCAGCGCGGCCAGUGUGGUUGGGAUGACCAGCGCUAGGCAUGAGAUGACCAGCAGAGAGACGUUGUACGACGCAUUGGUGAGAUUGAAUCGCUGGUUGGACCGUGAGUUCUCGCCGCGAAUGCCCGAGGCGAAGAAGCACAGCCCCAAAACGAAGAGCAUGUUGGAGAGGAUAGAGCCCAACAGAGACGACUGCACCACCUUGAUCAGGUUCUCACGCAACGCCGCAAUCGACAGAAUCAUCUCGACCGCGUUGCCUGUGAGAAGGACAGAAGGCAACAACACAUGAGGGCGUCCUUCCAGCCUGCCCGUUUGUGUGGCUUACCAAAUCCCACAGUAAGGAGGCCACCGACUAUCUGGUUCGUCUGCUCGGCCAGCACCUCUGUCGUCCGCCCCAGCACCUUGCUCACAGGCACGAUGGCAAGGAAAUUGCUGACGAACGUGAUGCCGGGCGGCAGCUCCAGUAGCCGACAUAGCAAUCCGACAGGCACAAAAAGCAGCAGAGUUGCCACCCACCCCUCACACACAAACGACCAGAUGCGGGACCACUGCUGCAGCAGAGAGCCGCCCUUGCCAAGCGCCAAGCCGUAAGCCCCUAGCGGCACUGGCAGAUCCCCGCUGUUUGUGGUCCAGCCGCCAGAUCCCUUGCGAUCACUCUUGAGCGCAUCCGACGUGCAGCUGCGCGAGGACGGUGGCGAUGAGUGGCGGAAGACGACAGCAGCUGGGGUUGACACGGCGGUGCUUGGCGUAUCCACAGACUCCCGGUCGCUGUUGGACGGCGAUAUAUAAGGUGCGUACAGCCCGCCCGGCGACGAUGGGGAGCCGCUGCUCGACUGUUGUGUGUCAUCUCCGUGGCUGGAAGCGCCUCGCUUGUCGACAAAAGGUGCUUCCAGGUGGUCGGCAGCAGGUGGUGCAAGGCUGUGGGCGCGAAAGUCUGCUGGAGACUCUUUGCCAGCCGAAAGGCCGUGGGUAGCGUGCGCCGCAGCUGGGAGGAAGGGGCUCAUCGAGAUCUCCGUGGCUGAGCGCUCCGCGGCCUUCAGAAACAUGAGGCUCUUAACAACGACAGCGGUUUCAGGAAGCACCUUAAACGGCGUGGCUGGGCCAAGUCA